CUUGUAAAAGAAUUUAACAAGAAGGCAAGACAGAUGGCAUCCAGACAAGUUUUUAUUAGACCUGUGCAUAAGGCUGACCUUGGCUGGUUAAACUUGGCUAGUGGACUAGGCCUGCCCGGCCUCACCAUGGACCAGGACUAUGAAAGGCGCCUCCUCCGACAGAUCGUCAUCCAGAAUGAAAACACAAUGCCAUGUGUCGCGGAGAUGCGGCGGACCCUGACGCCAGCCAACUCCCCUGUGUCUUCCCCCAGCAAGCACGGAGACCGUUUCAUCCCAUCAAGAGCCGGCGCCAAUUGGAGUGUGAAUUUCCACAGAAUCAAUGAAAACGAGAAGUCUCCCAGUCAGAACCGGAAAGCCAAGGACGCCACUUCAGAUAAUGGCAAAGAUGGUCUGGCCUACUCUGCCCUGCUGAAGAACGAGCUGCUCGGAGCUGGCAUCGAGAAGGUGCAGGACCCUCAGACAGAGGACCGAAGGCUGCAGCCCUCCACACCUGAGAAAAAGGGCCUCUUCACGUAUUCCCUCAGCACCAAGCGCUCCAGCCCUGAUGAUGGCAAUGACGUGUCUCCAUACUCCUUAUCCCCCGUCAGCAACAAAAGUCAGAAGCUACUUCGGUCUCCACGGAAACCCACUCGGAAGAUCUCCAAGAUCCCCUUCAAGGUCCUGGAUGCGCCCGAGCUUCAGGAUGACUUCUACCUGAACCUGGUGGACUGGUCAUCUCUCAACGUGCUCAGUGUGGGGCUAGGUACUUGUGUGUACCUGUGGAGCGCCUGCACCAGCCAGGUGACCCGGCUCUGCGACCUCUCAGUGGAAGGGGACUCAGUGACUUCUGUGGGCUGGUCUGAGCGGGGGAACCUGGUGGCUGUCGGCACGCACAAGGGCUUUGUGCAGAUCUGGGAUGCCGCUGCAGGGAAGAAGCUGUCCAUGCUGGAAGGUCACACAGCGCGUGUUGGGGCGCUGGCCUGGAAUGCUGACCAGCUCUCAUCUGGGAGCCGGGACCGCAUGAUCCUGCAGAGAGACAUCCGCACCCCUCCCCAGCAGUCUGAGCGGCGACUACAGGGCCACCGGCAGGAGGUGUGUGGCCUCAAGUGGUCCACGGACCACCAGCUCCUCGCCUCGGGGGGCAACGACAACAAGCUCCUGGUGUGGAACCACUCAAGCCUGAGCCCCGUGCAGCAGUACACAGAGCACCUGGCGGCCGUGAAGGCCAUCGCCUGGUCCCCGCACCAGCAUGGGCUGCUGGCGUCUGGAGGUGGCACAGCCGACCGCUGCAUUCGCUUCUGGAAUACACUCACGGGCCAGCCGUUACAGUGCAUCGAUACAGGCUCCCAGGUGUGCAACCUGGCCUGGUCCAAGCAUGCCAACGAGCUGGUGAGCACACACGGCUACUCACAGAACCAGAUCCUCGUCUGGAAGUACCCGUCCCUGACCCAGGUGGCCAAGCUGACUGGCCACUCCUACCGAGUCCUUUACCUGGCCAUGUCCCCUGAUGGAGAGGCGAUAGUCACUGGUGCUGGAGAUGAAACCCUGAGGUUCUGGAAUGUCUUUAGCAAAACCCGUUCAACAAAGGUAAAGUGGGAAUCUGUGUCCGUUCUCAACCUCUUCACCAGGAUCCGGUAAACCUCUGGAUGCGCCCUCUGGGUCAGAAGACCACCAGCUCUCGUCAGCGUGCAUGGACCCCCCCCAGCACACAGUCCCCAGAUGAACGCAGCCGGGGUGGGACGGGGAGCCGGGCCUGGAGAGCCCCUGAAGAUUGUCAUUAAAACCUGAUUUCCAACCCUGUCAGCCGCUGUUUGGGGCGGGAGUGUGGUCGGGCACCGUCAGGGAUGGAGCUGUCUCCCUGCACACGGCAGCCCCACGGCCUGACUGGACCUCUGUGCUCGGAGCAGCGCACGCACCUCCCAGGACCUCACCAGCUCCCGUUCAUGUCGUCACUGCCUCGUCGGGGCUGCAUGCUCUCCCAGAAGUGUGUGCUUGCCGCCGCCACUGCCUCGUUUGCAACUGACAGCGGAUGCCCGGCCGGCGAGCCGGUGAAGUGCCCUGCAGAGGACCCAGCACCCGGGCCAGGGGGCAGAGGGACAGUCCCUCCUGGUCCUGGUUUCCUUCCGGCCGCCUCCGCCUACCCAGCAACCGUCCUGGUGACUGUCGGCUGUGGCUCGGCGGCGGGAGCUGGGCGGGCUCCACGCUGAAGAUCAUCUCACAAUGGACUUGGUGUCCAAGGAAAACGGAAGUGUGACCCCUUGCUCACCCUGACCCCUGCCCUUCCUGUCACUCCACGGUCACAGCUGAGCCCUGUCCCCAGAUGGAACUCGGCUCCUGUGACUUGGCUCCUGGCCGUCAGUGCGUGGCCUGAAAUGUGCCCCGAGAGCCAGGUCCCCUGGCACCUGCCCCUGCCCGGCCCUUCCCUCCAGGCCACCAGGCUGGGUUCUUUCUCUUUACCAGGGAAACCGGGGGAGGCGCACCUGCAGGGAUGGCCCCCUCUGUAUGCCCUGGGCUUCCCUGACCUCUGCUCCCACGUCCUCCUCCCUGCCUCCAGCUGCGUUGGGCCCGUCGCCUCCCACUGGAGAAAUGGGAGGGGGGAAGGGGGGUGGCGUGUGGCCAGGGAAGGGCCACACGAGCCCCAUGGGUUGCCCUGGCUGUGCGUGGGGACCCCAUCUCUAGGUUCUGACAGAUUUGUCAUGGAUGUGCAUGUGUAUAUAUGUAUUUGUGACUUUUCUUUGGAUUUGUUUUAUGUAUUUGUAAAUUGGUCCGAGAAAUGUUUAAGGCUAGUUGGGGGCGGGGGGGCGCCCGCUGUGCCUCAUGUAAAGGAGGGGGUGAGCGAACCUGCUUGAAUUCUGGGAGGGUAAGGGACCCUUCUGCCUGGCCCGUCCUGGCGCCUGCCUGCCACAGGGACAGGUGAGGACCCCAUGUACAUAGAUGUGGGUGUUUCCAUCAGUCAAGAUCUUUUUGUUUGUUUGAGUCUUUUUUUUUUUUUUUCCUUUCUAAGAAAAUGAUUCCGUCUGGACUGCGCUGCCUCCCUGUGCCAUUGCCAAAGCGCCCAGGGGCUGGCUCGGGGGCUGGGUAGUGUCCGCCUGAGGGUGGAAAGGAGGGCUGGCCCCGGCCCCGGGGCAGAGUGCGCCUGUUCUCGCAUACCAUGGUUGGGGCCGACUGUCUCCCGCGCCUGACUCCUGGCCCCGGCCCAACCUGAGCGCUCCUAGAAGGAUGGGGAGUGGCCUGCCCUGGGCCAGUGGGCUGGAGAGGCCACUUGGGCAUCUUCAGGGGACACAGGUGUCCCCAGUUCCUGGUCUAGUGGAUUCAUGCCAGUCCUUGGAGCCCAAACCAGGGUGUGUCCCAGCAGUCAGGAAGAGGUGCCCAUCCUAGUCUCCGUCAGGAAGUUGCCAGGGGAAAG